AUGUUUAAACAACUAACGAGGCUCUCGCCAUUCAGAAAUGUUAAUAGACCCGUAUUUUUGAGAAAUGCGUCAUCAUAUAUUCCUCAAGGAUCACCAAUACUAUCUUCCAUUCCACCGUUAAAUUUAUCAUCGACAAUACAACCACCAACCAUAUUAUCAACAUCUCAAUUCACACCAUCAUCCUUGGGAAGGUUACCACAGAUUAAUACCAAUGAUUUAUCAAUACCAAUCCAAAUAAACGUAGAAAUAAUAGGAAACGAAGAGAAUUCGAAAGAUAUUGAUGCUGUUAGAUUCGAAGUUAUUGGAGAAGAUGGUGAAAUAAUCGAUAAUACUAUAUAUACUGAUUCAGUAUUACGAAAAAGAAGGUUGAAGAUGAAAAAACAUAAACAUAAGAAAAGAAGAAAAGCUCAACGUGCUUUGAGGAAAAGAUUGGGUAAAUAG